AUGGGUUUGGCUGAUGCAUUUGAAAGGCUUAAGAACAUCAUCUACUCGAAGUCCUCUAAGGAUCGUUCAGAAUUCAGCAGCAACUCCCGGGGUUUUGAAAAUUAUGAUCCCACGAGAGUUUAUUAUAUGAAUUGUGGUGAUAAUGGAUCGUAUGUCGACGUCGAGUGUAUCGCUACUGAAGAGUUUAUUCGCGUUUAUGGUGUGGACUUCGACAUGCAAUGUUCUGAUUUCCUCCUUCGACUUUGUUCAUUAUGUGGCUUAGAAGCAGUGGAUUACACUUUCUUAGUUCCUUGCGAGGGCCUUUCUGGAGUUUCAGGCAUCUUUUGGCUUUCUGCUCCUUCUAGGAGUAGGCUUGGCCAUUGGGUUAAUUCUGAUACAACUCAAACAACGCUACCAUCUAUGGUUAGGCUCAUUGCUAAAUGCUGUUUCAAGAAAUCUGCUAAGCUUUAUCAGUAUCCAUUCCUUGACACGAAGUUCAAAUACCCUAUUACACUCCUAAAAACGGGGAGAGAAUUUUUAAACGAACUGGGACAUCGGAUUACUGUGCAUUUACCAGAAGACUGCACAAUUGUCGUUCGUGGACAUUUGGAUCAACCUGUUAGUAAAGUACUUCAAAAAGUGUCUUCGGAGCAUCAUGUUCAAUUAAGCAACUACUACAUUACUGAUCCCCAAAAGGGAACGAUUUUAGAUCCAAAGGAUACAUUCUUAAAUCAAAAUGCAGACCAAAUUGAACUUAAAGAACGAAAAGUUAAAUCUAGCAAGAACUCAAAGUCACACAAAAAGAGUCAAAAUGAUGACUCUCUGAUAUCUAAUUUGGAAGUGGAAAUCUCUACUGAAAGUAAGCAUAAAAGGCAUCCAGCACCAAGUGUACCUGCUAAACAACAAAUAACUCAUCGACAUUUAUCACCUUUUGCCGAUGUACCCGACAAGGUACAGUCUUCUAGUUGUGUAACACUACCAAGUAAGAAAAAUGAUAAUAAAAAAUUGGACGAUAAACGAAAUUCAGUUGUUGGAUCUCAGGCAAAUAGGGACUCAAUUAGUAACUGCUCUCAAGAAUUACGGAGUAAAUCAUUUAUUGUUAAAGAUAAAUCAAAUUCACACAAGCGUAAAUCGUCUACCAUGGUGAAUUCAAAUACAAAGAAGGAAUCCGAUAAAAAAUAUCGUUCUCCUGCACCACCACCACCACCACCACCACCACCACAAAUACUUCCAAGUCUCAAUAAACCUGUUAAUGGUAAUGAUCCAAACAUGCCCAAGUCAACACAUAAAGACUCUCGUAAAUCUGAUUCGCACUUGCUUAAAACGGAUAGUCGCCUAGAUGAUGAAUUCGUAAAAGAAGGCCGCAAAUCAAAUAAAGGCUCAGCGCCCAAAAAUCAUUCUCAAGAAAUAGUUACAAAGCCAAGUGUUGUCGAUGUUGUGAACAAUCAAUCAAAUUCUCAUGAGUGUAAACCAUCUACCACAAUGACGUCCAUUACAAAGAAGGAAUCUGUGAAAGAAUGUCGUUCUGCAAUACCACCGCCACCGCCACCUCCCUCACCACCAGCUCCAUCGUCUUUACAACGGAACUCCACUAUGCGUGCUAAUUAUUCGGAUCCAUCACUUAAAGAUUCAGAUUCAGGAGUGGAACCUACCAAAAGAUUAUCAUCAACAAUUUCAACUAAUCCUAAAAAUAACUUACAAUCUCCUAGUGUAGAAAUGCUUACAGAAUUGACAAAUGCUUUCAAAUCUUUAAGAAAAACUAACAGUAUAAUGGAUGGUGAAAAUGUAGACUUUUCAAAAAAACUUCCGGUAAAUCGAGGUAAACUUAUUUCAGCUAUUCGACAAAAUUCAUCUGAUACUUCAAAUAAUGCACAUGAUAAAUCGAACAAUGUAAUGCCAUCGGUUAUAGAAUCCGAUGAUUGUUGUUCUGUGGACACAUCGUCGUAA